CUUGAAAUCGAGUGAUUUGAGUUAUCAGCGAAAGUGAUAAACUCCAUACAUAAAUUCUUAAGGUCAGCACGUUCUGGCUCCCCAAUAGUUGUUAUUGUUGCCAGUUAUUUAUAAAAUUCGGUGGAAGCAAUAUCUAUCAGUGAUUAAUUUGCUGUGAUGGAAAAUUACGUUUAUUCAAGUGAAACUUCUGAAGAUUCAGACUGCAAUGACGACAUGAAAGAGGGCUUUUGCUGCGACGCCGACAACCCCAACGCUUGCUGCCACAAAGACUACAACGGCAGCAUCCGUGGGGCAACGAGCGACUGCAGAGUUGUAGAUGACCCCAGCUGCAAUCCAGACCGACCUCUAAAGGUCACCUUUGAAGAAAUCACAUCGGCUGCAUACAAAAUCAAGUCGGGAAUCAUAAACACACCUUGCUCGAAAUCCCACAUGUCCAGUUUAACAGGAAUGGACAUCUACUUAAAAAAAGAUUUCUUGCAAAACACUGGAAGUUUUAAGGACAGGGGGGCGAGGUAUGCCAUGUUGACGCUUACACCCGAAAGGAGACAAAAAGGCGUAAUUGCCGCAUCGCUGGGUAAUCACGCGCAGGCCGUUUGUUACCACGGGCACCAGCUGGGAAUUCCCGUGACGGUGGUAAUGCCCAUAAUCGCGCCCAUCAUGAAAAUACAGAAGUGUAAGGAGUAUAACGCCACUGUGGUUAUGGAGGGGAAGGACAUGGCAGAGGCGAGGAAAAUCGCAAUGAAGAUGGCCAAGGAUAAAGGGUUCACUUACAUUAACGGAUAUGACCAUCCACAAAUAAUCGCCGGUCAAGGAACCAUCGCUCUUGAAAUUAUGGAGCAAGUGGACAACAUCGACGCCAUCGUGGUACCUACAGGAGGUGGAGGUCUUUUAGCUGGAGUGGCAGUCGCCGUUAAAACUCUACACCCCAACAUAAAAAUCAUUGGGGUUGAAUCCGAGCGCUGUGCCAGUUUUUCUCAAGCUAUGGAGCAAGAAAAGCCCGUUCCUACUGCUAUCGAAGGAACCCUGGCAGAUGGGUUAGCCGUGCCCAUGGUCGGAUACAACGCAUGGGAAACCGCGAAGUCCCUCAUUGACAAAAUGGUAGUAGUCAAAGAAGAGUGGAUCGCGGUGGCCAUUUUGAGGAUGGUAGAGCUGGAAAAGUGUGUAGUGGAAGGUGCAGGAGCCGUCGGAUUGGCUGCGAUUUUAGCGGGACAGCUGGACGAAUUCAAAGGAAAAAGGAUUGUCCUUAUUUUAAGUGGAGGAAACAUUGACACGACUAUUUUGGGGCGUUGUCUGGAAAGGGGUCUGGCAGCUGAUGGAAGACUGGUUAAGUUUAAAGUCACCGUGAGUGAUAGGCCGGGAGGGAUAUUGGAGUUGUGCAAACUCAUUGGGUCCAUUGGGGUUUCUAUUAAAGAUGUGAUACACGAAAGGGCUUGGGUGACGUCUGAUGUUUUCAGCGUGGAGGUCAAAGUAGUGGCAGAAACGCGAGAUUACUCACACAGCAUGGAGCUAAGAGACCUACUCAACAGUCGCUACAAGAAAGUCAAGUUUGAAAAUUUACCCGAGAAUUUAGCAGUUUCAUCAACCAGUGAACACUGACUUACCUACAAUAUCUAUAAUUCGAUUGUGAUACUACAUUAAUUUAGGUUUUACAAAACUACUUGAAUACUCAAUAAACUUUGCUGACACAUUUAUUAAAAAUAAUAACACAUAAAUAACAAUAUCAUCAUAAUGCACGACAUUUGGUCUUUCCAGUUGCGUCUAGCCCGUCACAAUAUCCCUCCACCUACUUGAACAACCCAGCCGCUUGCUCCAUGAAAGUCGCAAGCUUCACAUCCCGAGUACUCAGACCAUUCACAUCGUGGGAAGACAAAGUAACUUGUACUUUAUUGUACACGUUGAACCACUCCGGGUGAUGGUCCAUUUUUUCGGCCAGAAGGGCCACCCGAGUCAUAAAUGAGAACGCCUGCAAAAACCUAACCUCAAUUUCGUUCUAACGUCACCGUAGUAACGAAAACGCACACGGGGUGCGCCCGCACUCUAAAGACACUUUAAUCCUCAUCACCCGUGUGAAAUCCCCUUUAUCUUACCUCAUUAAAAUUCUUGAACAGAAAUUCCUUGUAAAUGGCAUCCCUGUUGUUGACCACGGUCCAGCCACUUUUCAAUAAUGGCUCUAGGUCGGUUUUUCGUUGUUCCUCCGUGAGUUUCCCUGCCUGAUGACAAUCAAUACCUGAUAAUUGUUAAAGGGGUGCUUACCAUUUUCCUUUUCUCUUUGUUGGAAGCGAACUGGUCGGAGCUCAAGGAUACCGUGCGGAGAUUGUGGUGGAGUGAGUGAAAGUCGUUAUCGACGACGGUUCUUGCGGAAUAACGCACAGCCGCAAGACGAGAAAUCAUAAAACUCAUUUUUUUGCGUUGUGUUAUCAAUGUUUUGGGUUAUGUGACAACUAAUUACUUUUAAAAA